GUCCCGUUUGAUUCAUGAGAAAGAACCUUAACUUUAUUUGUUUCACGUCUAGUUGGGUAAACGUGGUUUUUACGUGGUUUGACCUUUAAAAAUGUCCUCCGCAGACCGACUGAACGCUUUACGAGGGCUUAACAAAGAUUUAUUGAACAAACUGAAGCAGCAGAGAGAGAAACUGGAGCUUCUAAGCGGCUGCAGUCAGAGCCGCAAGAGGGAGAAAGAGGACGAGACACGGGACAGGAGAGAGCCUGAAGAGAUGGUCACUUUGACCGAUGGAGACCGCGGUCCAGCCAGGGCCGCCCUCGCCAGACCAACCGUGAGAUUUGCCGACGCUCUUGAGAGAGACACGAGCAUCCGGAGCACUGUUUCUACACCAUCUUUGACCUUCAAACGUAGAGGAGAUGCUGCUCAGUGCACAGAUCCAUCAGACAUUUUCAAAGACAGUGAUAGGCCCCCUCGAGACCAGGAUGGUCUUCAGGACACAAGGCCACACAGCACGAAGUCCCAUUUAGUAAAUCACAAUAAAGAACAGGUGGAGGUGCAAAGUCGAGUCACAUUUCAUUCUGACAAAUGUGAAGAGAUACCUGCCCGUGACAGUCAUCAUUUGAAGCCCUUACUUGGAUAUGACUGGAUAGCAGGCAUCUUGGAUGCUGAGGACUACUUGAUAGAGCGCUCUGACGAGUUCUUCAGUGACCUUCGCGUGUUUCGAUCGCUCCAUAGAGAUGAGUGCGUUCACAGCCCACAAACAGGAUUUUCUGAGGAGAACCAUUCAGGGCUGUCACUGCUAACAGACAAAGAUGACCCAGAAGCGAAGGCAGACACUCAUCAAUGCACAUUCUCUUACAGGAUUAACAGCAGACUUUUCCCUGUCCCACUUCACUCUCAGGAGUAUUGUCCUGUGUGCAAAAAGCACAAAUCCUCCCACCCUCACACUACUGCUGAACCAGCUCUUGUCAGGGUCAGCAUCCCUCGCUCCACCCUCUUGCCACCUUACAAGUACAAAGCUCAUCGGCGAUGCAGCUUUGACCCUUCUGAUAGUUUGGGGUUACCAUCGCACUGUCUCUCAGGCUGGUCGUACACAGGACAGAGCACCCUGCCACCACCCAGUAGCCUUGAUCUGCAGAGCAGUUUGAAUGCAAAGAGCUCCAUAUGGUCGAAGAAUGAGGAACUGGAGGAUCUCUGUGCGCCCAAAGUGUCCAGUGACCAGAUCUCAAAUUUGUCACGCUUGGCUCGUCACAAUUUCCAACACUUCUCUCCCAAAAAAAAAGGAAGCACUUCUUACCCAGUGAGCUGACAGACCAUCAAAGUCUAUUUUAAGUGGU